AUGCCUGCCCGCAAAGCCCUCAUCGCCAUUACCUCCGCCAGCGCGGCCCUCUUCAACGGCAAGGAAACCACAGGUCUCUUCAUUAGUGAAGCCCUGCACCCCUUCAACGUCCUCACGGCCGCUGGGUUCGAAGUCGACCUCUCCUCCGAGACGGGUAGCUACACCCCCGAUUGGCUCUCCCAGCAGCCCGACUUCCUCAAUGGUUCAGACCUGGAGACCUGGCAGGACAAGAACAGCUCCUUCCGUCAGAAGCUCGACAACAUGACCAAGGCCGCUGAUCUCGAUGCGUCGGUAUAUGGUCUCUUCUAUGCUUCUGCGGGUCAUGCCGCGCUGAUCGAUUACCCCACUGCCAGGGGUUUGCAGAAGAUCGCCGAACAGGUCUGGGCCAGCGGUGGUGUUGUGGCGUCUGUUUGUCACGGUCCUGCUAUCUUUGCGGAUAUCAAGGAUGUAACUGGACAGCCGAUUAUCAAGGGGAAGAAGCUCACUGGUUUCACCACUGAGGCAGAGAAUACUAUGGGUAUUAUGAGUGAGCUGAGAGGUUUUGGGUCCGAGAUGGUGGAAGAAGUUGCCUCGCGGUUGGGUGCUACUUAUGAACGGGCUCCUGGUAUCUGGGAUGAUUUCCAUGUUGUUGAUGGUCGCCUGGUUACUGGUCAGAACCCUGCCAGUGCUACUUCCACCGCAAAGGCGGCUGUUGAGGUCUUUGAUCAGCUAUAG